AAAACCUGAAUACGGAACUGAAGCAGCCACUCAGUUUCUUGCUGUGAAGUGGCAGCAGCAGAGAGGCUACCGGGUGUGGACUUGCGGAGCUGGGCGCUUAGAACAAACGCACAGGCUGGAGAUGUGGAAGUCUGUGGUGGGCCAUGAUGUAUCUGUUUCCGUGGAGACACCGGGAGAUGACUGGGACACAGACCCUGACUUUGUGAAUGACAUCUCUGAGAAGGAGCAACGGUGGGGAGCCAAGACCAUUGAAGGCUCUGGACGCACAGAGCACAUCAACAUCCACCAGCUGAGGAGCAAAGUGUCUGAGGAACAUGAUGUUCUCAAGAAGAAAGAGAUGGAAUCAGGGCCCAAAGCAUCCCAUGGCUAUGGAGGGCGCUUUGGAGUGGAAAGAGAUCGAAUGGACAAGAGUGCUGUGGGCCAUGAGUAUGUCGCAGAAGUAGAGAAACACUCUUCACAGACGGAUGCCGCCAAAGGCUUUGGGGGAAAAUACGGAGUUGAGAGGGACAGAGCCGAUAAAUCAGCAGUGGGCUUUGAUUACAAAGGAGAAGUAGAGAAGCACGCAUCUCAGAAAGAUUACUCUCGGGGCUUUGGUGGCCGUUAUGGAGUGGAGAAGGAUAAAAGGGACAAAGCUGCGCUGGGAUAUGACUACAAGGGAGAGACGGAGAAACACGAGUCCCAGAAAGAUUAUGCCAAAGGCUUUGGCGGCCAGUAUGGGAUCCAGAAGGACCGAGUGGAUAAGAGUGCUGUUGGCUUCAAUGAGAUGGAGGCCCCAACCACAGCUUAUCAGAAGACAACACCCAUAGAAGCGGCUUCCAGUGGUGCCCGAGGGCUGAAGGCAAAGUUUGAGUCCAUGGCUGAGGAGAAGAGGAAGCUGGAGGAAGAGGAGAAGGCACAACAGAUGGCCAGACAACAACAGGAGCGAAAGGCUGUGGUGAAGAUGAGCCAGGUAGUUCAGCAGCCAGCAGCACCUGUGGAAGAGCCAGCAGUGCCAGCCCCACCGCCUAAGAAAAUCUCCUCAGAGGCCUGGCCUCCAGCACAGAGCCACCCACCACCACAGCCUGAGCCUGUGAGAACCAUCAGGGAUUGCCCAGUGCCCUCCCUGCCCAUGAGGCAGGAUCCCCUAGAGGACAACGAGGAGCCCCCAGCUCUUCCCCCUAGGACUCCAGAGGCCUUCCAAGUAGAGGAAGAGCCAGUGUAUGAAAUAGAGCCUGCACUUGAGCCUGAGCCCGAGCCUGAAAAUGACUAUGAGGAUGUUGAAGAGAUAGUCAGGCAUGAUGAGGAGGCCGAAGGGGACUAUGAAGAUGUGCUGGAGCCUGAGGAUCCUUCCGCUCCCUCCACACAGGCUGGAUCAUUGGACAACCAGGCUGGGGCUGCAGGGAUCUCCGCUGUAGCCCUAUAUGAUUACCAAGGAGAGGGAAGUGACGAGCUUUCCUUUGAUCCAGAUGACGUCAUCACUGACAUUGAGAUGGUGGAUGAGGGCUGGUGGCGGGGACAAUGUCGUGGUCACUUUGGACUCUUCCCUGCAAAUUAUGUCAAACUUCUCCAAUAACUGGCCCUCAAAGUCUACAGCAACUGCGAAUUCCCAUGUCCAAAGUGGCUGCCUCCACCCUAAACCCAUUCCUGCUGCAAGUGUCUGGCAGAUGCCAUGUGUUACCUGUUGCUCUGCCCAGACUUCUCCCCACUGCUUUAUUAAGGACUGGGGGCAGCAUGAAGAUGGGGGUUCUCCUCCCCUGCAGGGUCCUAUCAUGCAUGAGCUAGAGGACAUUUAUCUUAUGGUCCUGGUUCCUUCCCUGAGAAUGUCCCAACUACUAUCCCAACUUGGUCUCUCCCUUGCAAGCACCAGGCUCUCCAAUUUGCUCACCUCAGAAGGUAAUCUAGAUUGUCUGGCUUGCCUGCUUGUGAUUUAGCCCACCUCUCUUCCCUACAGUUAUAGCUCUGAACCUUUUCUCUGUUUGGCCCUAAUGUUGGAAAUAAAGUAGGACUACCAUUCA